AUGGUUGCUCUACGAAUCAAGAGCUGGGCUGACCGGUUCAAAAUCGCAAUGUCCUUCGGUGGGCAGCGGACGACGAUACCAGCGUCGGACCCCGUCGCCUUACCUAGCGAGCGAAUUCCCGUCAGCGUCAAUAGAUUCUUUCACGGACGGGAGAGCGACCUGGACUACCUCCAUGACCAACUUCACUCAGGGCUUGAACGACCCACUACUGUCUGCAUAUCCGGAUUACCUGGAAUGGGAAAGACUCAACUUGCUGCCAGAUAUUGCAAGUACUUUGGCAGCGAGUACUUCGCCUGCAUCUGGGUAUCCUCAGACAAUCAUACAAAGAUUGGAAACACGCUAUCUGAAUGUGCCAUUAACCUCAAGCUGGAAGGGUCUUCCAUCAAAGAGGAACCCCGGAAGAAUGCUCAGCUCCUAGUCUCGUGGCUGCAGACAACCACCAAGCCCUGGCUCGUGGUUUUCGACAAUGUUGACAACCUUAAGCAUUUGAAAGACUUCUGGCCAUCCGGUGGGGGCGGACACAUCAUCAUGACCAGUAGAACUCCAUAUCUCGCAGAAUUCCGAGGCUCGAUUCCUCUCGAGCUUUCUCCCCUAAGCUUGGACGAAUCGAAAGAGUUGUUUUACAAGAUCGUAGGGGAGGACAAGAAGAGCCAACACAGUCAAGAGAUCGACAACCUAUUAGCAGAAUGGAGAGGUGUUCCGCUUGCGCUGUUCCACAUUGGCAGUUUCAUACGUCGAGGAAGAAUGAGCCUCCCAAGAUUCUUGAGGAUCUACCGAAACUCCGCAGCUAACAUUUAUCAGGCCGAGAAUACAACUGAUGAAUAUCCCCAUAGCAUCGCCACAGCUUUCUCCAUUGGAGAACUGGAAACCAACGCGAAGGAUCUCCUGAGGCUGCUUUGUUAUUUUGACCCCGACAGGAUCCCCGAUGAUCUUCUACUAUCUAGUUUUGAAGACGGCAAGACUCUAUUCCAAAUGGAGACCGAAUACGACCUUCACAUUGCCAUUGAAGCUCUCUUGCAGAAUGUGGCAAUUUUGGAGAUGAGCAAGGAAAAUCAGAUUGCCACUUUCCACCAGGCUCUCUCCCUUCUAAACCAAAGCUUCCCUCGUGAAGGUGGCGGCAAGUCCAUGUGGGAGCAGUGGCCGAAAUGCAACGAGUAUCUCCCACAUGUCAUUGUCAUGAACCGGAGAUGGCAGGAUUUAUUUGACGAGAGCCAUAAAGAUGCGGAGCUGGCAAGCCUCCUAAGCGCAUGCACUUGGUAUAUGGUCGAGCGCGGCAUGUUCAACGAGGCCGCCCCUCUCAUAAGGACGGCUCAGGCCGUCUGCCCGACCUCCGAGGAGACUCAACUAACCCUUGCUACGGUAUUGUUCAACUUGGCUGGUGUACAUUUCGAAUGUAACAGGAUAGAGGAAUCUCUAGAUUUGUGCAAAACAGUGCUCGAGAUACGGCACCGGAUGCUCGAUCCUUUGGAUCCUCUUCUGGGAAAUACUCUUUACUCUAUUGGAAUUGUCUACAUGGAAAGUGGACUGCUCUCGGAAUCGCUGAAAUCCAAUAAGCAAGCCGUGGCGAUUCAUGAGGCCUGCCAAACCAGUGGAAAGCACGAUGGAUCUCCGACAGCUCUCGCAUACCUCGACUUGGGCCUCUGUUAUUGGAAAAUGGGUGAGCUAGACUUGGCGUCCACCUUCAUUGAGAAGGGACUCGAGUUGUUUGACAAGACAAGCGGGAAAUCAUCCCAGAAAUAUGGACACUCUGGUAAGAGAGGCUCAGAGUAG